AUGCAGACGGUAGGCAAUGAGAAUCGCGAGGCAUUCUCCAAGGUCAUCUUCCAUGCCAAAGCCAUUGAUGCCAACAUAGACAACCGGCAUAUCAGAUUAUUUCCAGCUUGGCACAGGCAGCCAGAACACUCUCAUAUCCUCGGACGCGAAGUGGUAUCCAGUGCCGACGACGACGUCCGACCCCUGAGGACCAUCGUCGAUGAUGGGGCUGUCGAACUGCCACCCAAUCCACAUCCGGAUAUGGCCAAACAGAAGUUCUCUUGCCAGCUUCAAGUCUCCAUUCCGGAUCGCCGUAUCCCAGCCCUGGUGCCAAGCCUCGUUUUGUUCAGCAGGCGUGCAUCCGUCCGGGAGUUCGGUACAGGGAUAAUUAAGAUGGAGGGUGUGUGA